AUGUGUUUGUUCAUAAACUCCUUUUCAUGUUCUAACCAGACACUCCCUGCUAAAACUAGCAAUCUUGCCGGUUUUAAACCAGCUUUAGCAACUUGGUAUGGAGAUCGACAUGGUGCUGGAAGUGGAGGAGCUUGUGGAUGGGCUAAUGAUGUGAAAUCAGCUCCAUUCUCAGCCAUGAUAGCAGCAGGAAACGCCAACUUGUUUUUGGAAGGAAAAGGGUGUGGGACUUGUUAUCAGGUCUUAUGCACUAAAGAGCCAUAUUGCUCUAAGAAUCCUAUUACUGUAACCGUAACCGAUGAGUGCCCUGGUGAAUGUAACAAAGUUCCAUUCGCUUUUGAUUUAAGCGGAACUGCUUUUGGUGCAAUGUCAAGUCCAGGCCAAGCUGAUAAUCUGCGUAAUCUUGGCCAAGUUAACAUUCAAUAUCGAAGGGUAGCAUGCAACUAUGGUAGCACAAAAAUUGCGUUCAAGAUAGAUCCAAAGGUCAACCCAUACUGGUUCGCUAUGGCAGUAGAGUUUUGUGAGGGAGAUGGUGGUCUUGACGCAGUCGAGGUAGCAGCAAAUGGUUCACAAGAGUUCAGAUGCAUGGAGAACAUAUGGGGCGCAGUUUGGGCAGUCAGCAUUGAUCCAUCAUUUCGUGGUCCAUUUUCAUUCAGGCUAUUCUCUAGAAAGAACGAAGGAGUUGUUGCGUUGAAGGCAAUUCCAUAUAGUUUUGUACCUGGACAAACUUAUUACUCGCAUGUCAAUUUUGGAGUCUAG